AAAAAACCCAGACCACUCCCAAGUGGGUACUCAAAGGUUUUCAAACCAAAAAAAUAAAUAAAUGAAAAGGAUUUGGUUUUGCUAAAAGAAAAUGAAGAUCCACCCAAAUAAUAUACUUUUUCCUAUAAUUUUCUUAAUAGCUUACUUGCUAUUAUGUCAGAAUACAGAUGCGGCAGAGAGUAAGAUAACCGGAUUGCCUUCCCAGAGAUCACGAAGACAAGCUGGGGGACCUAUUCCCAUUGAUUGUCACCUGAGCACAUGGUCGCAAUGGACAAAAUGCUUCCCUUGCCAAGAAAAACGAUUCAGAUCAAGGCAGCUGGUACAACCAGCUAAAUAUAAAGGGAGAAUGUGCAAUGGUAAUCUUUGGGACAGAGAAACAUGUGACCCGACAGAACCAUGUGUGGUGGAUCAAAGCUGUGGAAAUGACUUUCAGUGUCAGGAGACAGGACGUUGCAUUAAACGUCACCUAGUCUGCAAUGGAGAAUUAGACUGCAGGGAUGGAUCCGAUGAGGAUGGUUGUGAUGAUGCUGAAAGUACAUGUGACUAUCCAGAUCCAGUCCCAGGAAUUGAACUAGUUUCAAGAGGAUUCAACAUCCUUACACAAAAGCCAGCACUGUUAGUCUAUGACCCUAAAUAUUUUGGAGGCCAGUGUGAAACUGUUUAUAAUGGAGAAUGGCGAGAACUGAAGUAUGACUCGACAUGUGAACAUUUGUAUUAUGGGGAGGAUGAGAAAUAUUUCCGAAAGUCCUACAAUGUUCAUUUCUACCAAUUUCUAGCUCAGGCUGAUACUGGUGUCUCUUCAGAGUUUUAUGAUGAUUCUGCAGACUUACUGAGGGCCAUCAAAAAAGACACCUCUAGAAAUGUUGGAUUUACAGUUGGCAUAGGACCUGCUAGUGUUCCUGUGUCUCUGGAACUGGGCCUAACAUUAUCAAAGGCUCAGGGGACACUGAACAAUUUUACCCAAUACAAAGAAAAGAAUAUAGGAUUUAUUCGGGCCAAAACCAAAGUACAAACAGCUCGUUUCAAGAUGAGACGUGAUAAUAUAUAUUUGGAUGAAGACAUGUUAGAGUCUCUGAUUGAACUUCCAGAGGAAUACAAUUAUGGGAUGUACAGCAGAUUUAUUGAUGAUUAUGGCACUCAUUUCAUAACAUCUGGAACCAUUGGAGGCAUCUUUGAAUACAUCCUUGUUGUGAACAAAGACAAAAUGAUGAGCUCAGAAGUUAAAAAGGAUUAUGUAAAUAGCUGUUUUGGGGCAUCGAUUGGCUUAAGCUUUCCAUUUCAAGAAACUCUGGAAAUAGAUGCCAAGGUGAACUUCAAUCAAUGUGGCACAAAAGGAGGCAUGAGCGAUGAUGGCUCUGAAAAUAAGUCAGCCAUAGAAGAUAUUAUUCCCCGGGUAGAAGGUGGAGAUGCCUCAUCCAUUGCCAGAAUCCUGGAAAAUAGGAGCUCCAUAGCAUACCGCUACUGGGGGAGGUCAUUAAAACUUAAUCCCACCAUUAUUGAUUUUGAGCUGCAGCCCUUACAUGAAUUAUUGUCCAGGACAAACCUUGGUAAUUUGGAAACCAAGAAGAGAAACUUGAAAAGGGCUUUAGAUCAGUAUUUAAUGGAAUUCAAUACCUGCCGUUGUGGUCCCUGUAAGAACAACGGUGAACCAAUCCUGCUGGGAGCUACAUGUGUUUGUGAGUGUAAGCAAGGCUACCUAGGUCCUGACUGUGGAGAGACAAAGAGGAAAGGUUAUCCAGUUCAAGGUAGCUGGAGUUGCUGGACUCCAUGGGCAGCUUGUCAAGGGGGAUCUAGAAGCCGCACAAGACAGUGUACAAACCCACCUCCUGAAAAUGGUGGAACAACAUGCCCAGGCAGGAAUACGCAAACAGAGACAUGUUAAUAACUAAUAAUGCUAUGAGUGGAUUAAUGGGUUGUGCUACCAGGCAGGAAAAUGUUGGGAGCUUGAUGCAAAUAGAGUCAAAACAAAUGGGCCAUAAAUAUUGACUUACCUUUAGGACAAUGGAAAAUCCCAGUAGCAAUCAUAUAAAGAAAAAGAAAUGUAAAUGUUUUGUACACUUUGUACAUCAGUAUUGUAACUGUAGUAAUUAUUUUUGUUGAAUGCAGAAGUCCGCCAUAAGGAAGAUAUUUUUGCUCUGCACAAAAUUUAAAGCAAGAAAAAAAUCGUUAUAUUGCUAGCCCUGUAAUAUACUAUUGACUAACAUGUUGGGACUAUUCAGAGAAUUCAUUUUCCUGUGGAUACCUAGUGUAUGAUACAAAAUAGAAUGAACUUCCCAGAAGGAAGUACAUUCCUUCUGGGAAGGAAUUUACUACCAUGGCAACAAAAAUGUUUUUUUUUCCCUGCUGUUGGACAAAUUUGUUCCCAAAGUAAGAUGUAACAAUUGGGUCCAAAAUUAUGAAGAUUCUUCUUAUCAUCAUCAUAUGAUAUUUUUCUCAAGUUCACUAUUAAUUCAGAGGUGGGUUGCUGCCAGUUCAGCCCAGAUCUGCGGAACCAGAAGUAGCGGUGAUGGGAAGUUCCACACACACACACCUGGACGCUUCUGUGCAUGCGCAGAAGCAUCUCACACGUGGAAGCAUGCCCAAACUGGUAGUAAAAAGAUUAGCAACCCACCUCCACUAUAAUUCAAGAAUUGAUCAUUACAAUAUGAGCUUUUUUCCUUCAGAUAAACCAAUUUCUAAACAAAGCAGUCCUUUUGCUAUAACUAAGAUGAUAAAUUGCCUCUGGAUAAAAAUCUUCUAUAUAUUCUGCCACUUAGGCAGUCUUAGCUUUUUAAACAACAGCAAUAGUAAUAAUACUUUGGUGUAACACUUUUCAAACUUCAGGAGUUGUAAAAAUCACACCUGUGGGUCAGAAUCAAGCAACUGUUACAGCUGUCGAAUCAAAGCACAAAUAUUCAGAUAAAUAUUCAGAGAUCCAAGAGAUGAAACGUUAAGGGAAGCUAGGCAUUUCUUUAACUAUAGUAGAUCUACCCAAAUUGUUGCAAACUAAAUCUAAUAAAAGCAUUUUGAAAAACAA